AUGCAAAACCCAGCAGAGAAAAGAGGAGGAGUGUACACCUACAUAAGCCAGUGGCCAAUCUACUCCUUAGCGUGGUCAGUCCGCCAUGACAAGCCCUCACGCCUUGCCAUAGGCAGCUUCAUUGAAGACUACAGCAACAAGGUUGAGCUAGUCCAAUUCAACCGGGACACCUCCGAUUUCGCUACCGACAACCGCCUAAUUUUCGACCACCCUUACGCACCCACCAACCUCAUGUUCUUCCCCUCCAAGGACCCCUCAAACCCCGACCUGAUUGCCACGUCCGGCGACUACUUGAGGCUAUGGGAGAUCCAUGAUGACAGAAUUGAGCUCAAGUCCCUGCUCAAUGGGAACAGUAGCAGUGAAUUUAAUUCGGCUAUAACAUCUUUUGAUUGGGCUGAGUGUGACACUAAGCGUGUGGCCACGUCUAGUGUGGACACUACAUGCACAAUUUGGGACAUUGAGAGGGAAGCUGUGGACACUCAGUUGGUGGCUCAUGAUAAAGAAGUGUAUGACAUUUCUUGGGGUGGCUUCAAUGUCUUCGCCUCAGCUUCUGGGGAUGGCACUGUCAGGGUCUUUGAUUUGAGGGACAAAGAGAGGUCAACCAUAGUGUAUGAAAACCCAUCUCAAGAUGGGUCCUUGCUGAGGCUAGAAUGGAACAAGCAAGACUCAAGAUUCAUUGCCACAGUGGGCAUGGACAGCAACAAAGUGGUGAUAUUGGACAUCAGAUUCCCUACAGCUCCUCUCAUGGAGCUUAAAAAGCACGAAUCCAGUGUGAACGCCAUUUCCUGGUCCCCAGGUAUGGGCCACCAGAUAUGUUCUGUGAGUGAUGAUUCAAGGGCUAUGAUUUGGGAGGUGGUCAAACCUGGGGUUCAAUCGGACGGUGGUGGGAAUGUGGAGCCAGAGAUGUGGUAUGGAGCGACGGCUCAGAUUAACCAAGUGCGUUGGUCUGCUAUGGAGUUGGAUUGGAUUGCUAUUGCCUUCUUGAAUAAGUUGCAGGUCUUGAAGGUUUAG